AUGUUUAUUGUGGAGCGUGUGCCCAGCCCAGAGCCCCAUCGCCGUGGUUACAGAGACAGCGACCGCCCCCGCAGAUCUGCUUCACCACGACACAGACGCAGCCGCUCUCCCAGAAGACGCAGUCGAUCUCCAAAGAGACGCAGUCCGUCGCCGCGCAGAGAGAGACACCGCAGCAAGAGCCCCAGACGCCACAGGUCCAGAGAGAGACGUCACAAGUCCCCAGGUCACCACAGAAGCCACAGACACAGGAGUCAGUCCAAGUCUCCAGAGAGGAGUUCCAAAAAGAGCCACAAGAAGAGCCGCCGGCACGAGUGA